UUAAACGACAGCUUUCAACACUAAUUAGUCGGUUUAGGUAUAUUUGAUUAAUUACUGGUUUAGUGUUAUCAGCUUUACCAUAGGCUUGAUGGCAGAAUUGUGUAUUUUAUGUUUUUUGUACUCUUCUUCGUUUGUGGAUUGUAACAGAAAGGGAAAAUUGUGACGCAGUUGGGUAAAACAUCUUGCAUGACCCGCUGCUGCAGUAUUGUCGUACUUUGCGAUAUAAAGACAAAACCUUCCUACGAGUUUAUGUGAUACAUUUUUUUCUUUGAUGAAUUUAAUAUGUGUGUUUUUGAAAUAUUACAAAACACAUUCAAUCAGUUAGUGCAAAUGUUGGGGGUUGAGGGGCUCUGAAGGAAACAGUCGCAAUGCUAAGGACUGGGAGUUGUAGUUUAAAGCUAAAGCGCGAGUGCCACUUUAGCAGUGUCACUGAAGCUAAUGGACUACAACGCCCAUGAGCUCAACUCUCCAGAUACUUUGUAAACUCUAUGCAAGUUGUGCGUCUGCACUGCUAUUUUAGAUUUUCAGCUGAAUUCCCAUUUAACCACACUGGCCAGCAUCCAUAAGAUCCACCACACCUUACACAGGCUGAAUUUGACAGAAGACAUUGGACAGGACAGUCAUCCUACAGCUUGUUGCUCUAGAGCCAUGCCUCCUAGGAAAAAGAGGAGACCCUCUGCUGGAGACGACAUGUCGGCUAAGAAGAGUCGCCAGGACAGUGUGUACAGAAAACACGAGGCAUUACAAAUCCGUGAAGAGGACACAUUUUCAAAUAAAAGGUGUCUAGAGUGGUUCUAUGAAUAUGCAGGUUGCGAUGAUGUGGUUGGUCCUGAAGGCAUGGAAAAGUUCUGUGAGGACAUUGGAGUUGAGCCAGAAAAUGUGGUGAUGCUGGUUCUUGCGUGGAAGCUAGAUGCCCAGAGUAUGGGAUAUUUUACCCUCCAGGAGUGGCUCAGAGGGAUGGGCUCUCUGCAGUGUGACUCCACUGAAAGGCUAAGGAACUCUCUGGACUACCUGAGAUCUGUCCUCAACGAUAGCACUAGUUUUAAACUAAUUUAUAGAUACGCCUUUGAUUUUGCUCGGGAAAAGGAUCAGAGAAGUUUGGACCUGAACACAGCCAAGUGCAUGCUUGGUCUUCUUCUAGGAAAGACAUGGCCACUGUUUCCUGUGUUUAAUCAGUUUUUAGAGCAAUCGAAGUACAAAGUCAUCAACAAAGACCAAUGGUGUAAUGUUUUAGAGUUCAGCAGGACAAUCAAUCUGGACCUUAGUAACUAUGAUGAGGACGGCGCCUGGCCAGUUUUGUUGGACGAGUUUGUCGAAUGGUACAAGGAAAGACAAAUGUCAUAGUUGCACUUCCAAAAACUGCAAACAUGGCAUGAACCCAACUGUGACAACAAACUACUAUAAAAAUACAACAAUAACUUUAGAAAAAAUUCAGUCUGAGUCAAGGUGUCAAGGAACUAAUGCAUGUGAUGGAUAAGGCAUUGAAGGCCUAACAUUGAGGGUUUUUUUAAAUAUCCAGUGGAGGAGGAUGCAGUGCCCUGUCCUCAUAUUACUGUAUGUGUUAAGAUGACUAGACAUUUUGCACACGGAUGGAUUCCAAACAGUAUUUUUGUGGGAGAAGCACUCUUUCAGCCCCUUCUGAAGUGACCAUUCUUGCAUCGUGUCUUGAGUCUUAUACAGUCUUUUACGGUCAUUUUUUGACCUGGGCACAAUAUGAAAUCAACUACAACUGUGCAAUGAACUUUUGUGGGGAUGAUGCAGCCAACUUUAUGAAGCACACUGUGUCAAAGGAGGCAGGUUACUUGAUGCCUGUGCUGUAAACUAUUGAUUUGUGCCAGUGGUUCCUUUCUGAUAGUUUCUGGUCCCUGCUGCUGUUAUCCAUCACCUUUUGCUUACCACCUCCUUUUUGAGGGCUUCAGACCUCCAUCACACCAAACAACGUUGCUGCUUAUUUACUCUUAUUACAGGACAUCGCUGAUUGCGAUAAGCAUUUAUUGGUCCAACCAUGACCAAUCUAUGUACCAGCUUUGUCUAAUUAAGGGUACAAUAAUAAUUACUGUGCCUAAAAACACAGGACCCAAAUGAACACCAAACAAGCUAAAUGUUAUGAACACAUGCCUUAUUACCAAAUGAAUAUGGUUGGUGAUUUUUCAUUUCUAGUACUUUUUUUUUUUUUUAUCCCCAAAUACAACACAAGGGGACAUAAGUGACUGUACUUAUUCUGCCAUUCCCAAGCCUGGAUAAAUGAAUGAAUGAAUGCAGCUUUUUAGCUUUCAUCAUUUGCAUUAUGGUGUAGUUAUAGCAAAUUAAGCAUUUUUAAAUCAAAUGCCCUUUCUUCACUCCCUAUCUGAUUAGGCUUGCGAUUGGCACAAGGAAGUCUACACACUUAUGACCAUAAGAUGUUGGAUUGUGGAAAAAUGCAUGUUUUAGAAGCAAAUAUUGACACUGAUUUGGUAAUAAGGCAUUUUGUCUUAAAGUUAUAGUUGGUUGGUGAGUAGAAACGUGCUGACAGACAUAACACUUACACACACAUACUGAAUGGUCAGGGAUAAUUUCAGGAUGAACUUUGACUGUUGGGCUGUGUUAAAAUGAGUUAACAUUGAAAUAGUUAGUGUCCAUUUUGUCUUUGGAAACGUGGUUAUCUGUUGUCUUCCUUAGUCCACCAAUAGUUCAGGUCCUCUCUUAGUACCGUAGUAGCAUCCAAUAUGGACAGUGUUAACCAAUGCACAUAAGACCAGUGACCCUUUGAAUCAGGAAGAGGUCCGGUAGUGCUUGUAAGAAAAAAAAAAAAGUAGACUUGUUUAAAAAAAUUUAAACGUUAUUAUUGGACCACCGUUAAAGAAUAAUCAAAUGAAAAUGGACACAGAAGUUCUGUGAUGAUGCUAUGCUGUUAUUUUUGCCUAUUGUAUUGUUCUGGUAAAUACAUGUAUAAAUUUGUCCUUGGCUGUGGUGUGACGACGCUAAAAAUUGUCAAGAAAUGUUAAUAUUUGCAUGCACGCUCCAAACCACGCCUUUUUGUGAAUGGAUGAGACUUUUUUGGAAACAAUUUUGGAAAACACAUUUUGUUUGUACAGGAAUUUGUGGAAAAAAAGUGUUUUGUGCUUAAUAAAUACUCACAACCAUGUUGCCUCCAAAAGACAUGGUUGUAAGUAUUAGAACAAUGUAACCUCAAGGGGGAGUGGGUAGCUCCCUUCUGCAUCACCAUGUUCAAAUAUACAGUCGGUUUAGCACUUAAAAAAUCUGACAAACCCUAAAUUUACAAUAAUUUAUUUCAGCUUUUUAUCUUAUGCACAUGCAUUUAAACCACAGCAGCUGAUACAAUUUAGGAUGCCAUUUCACAUUUCAUACUGUACUUAAGGAUUUUCAUAAAUAUGAUGCAGAAGAUGGAACAGCCAUGUCCCAACUGUAUAUAUGUAUGUAAACUAUGUGUCAAUAUGUUUGUUUUCAAUAUAACCUAUGUCCAUAUACACAAAUAAAAGCGUUUAUUAACUUAA